AAUGACAUGAAUUACAUAGCAUCCAGUGGACUUCUAUUCAAAGAUGGCAAAAAGCGGAUUGAUUACAUCCUGGUUUAUAGAAAGUCAAAUAUACAAUAUGACAGAAGAAACACAUUUGAAAAGAACCUCAGGGCAGAAGGCUUGAUGUUGGAAAAGGAGCCGGCUAUUGCAAACGCUGACAUCAUGUUUAUUAAAAUUCACAUUCCGUGGGACACGCUGUGCAAGUAUGCAGAGAGGCUGAAUAUCAGGAUGCCCUUCAGGAAAAGAUCCUAUUACACUGACCAGAGGAGCAAAUCAACGGGCAGUAUGCACAAUUAUUUCAGAAGACUUAAAAAAUGGAUGUCUCAAAACCCAAUGGUUCUUGACAAGUCAGCGUUUCCAGACCUGGAGGAGUCAGACUGCUACACUGGCCCCUUCAGCCGAGCACGGAUUCACCACUUCAUAAUAAACAAUAAGGACACCUUCUUCAGCAACGCUACUCGGAGCAGGAUAGUGUAUCACAUGCUGCAGCACACCAAAUAUGAAAAUGGAAUCUCAAAAGUGGGUAUCUGUAAACUGAUAAACAAUGGUUCAUAUAUAGCAGCUUUUCCCCCCCAUGAGGGAGCCUACAAGAGUAGCCAGCCCAUCAAAACCCACGGACCUCAGAAUAACAGACAUCUAUUAUAUGAGCGCUGGGCACGCUGGGGAAUGUGGUACAAGCAUCAGCCCCUGGAUUUAAUCAGGCUCUAUUUUGGUGAAAAGAUUGGGCUCUACUUUGCGUGGCUGGGAUGGUAUACUGGAAUGCUGAUUCCGGCAGCACUGGUUGGCUUGUGUGUUUUCUUCUAUGGAAUAUUUACAAUGAAUGCAAGUCAAGUAAGCCAAGAAAUUUGCAAGGCUACUGAAGUCUUCAUGUGCCCUCUGUGUGAAAAGAACUGCUCGCUGCAGAGACUCAACGAAAGCUGUAUCUAUGCCAAGGUGACAUACUUGUUUGAUAAUGGAGGGACAGUCUUCUUUGCUAUUUUUAUGGCAAUAUGGGCCACAGUCUUCCUGGAAUUUUGGAAAAGAAGAAGAAGUACACUGACCUAUACUUGGGACCUUAUUGAAUGGGAAGAAGAGGAGGAAACACUCCGUCCCCAGUUUGAAGCAAAGUAUUACAAGAUGGAGAGAGUGAAUCCCAUCAGUGGGAAACCUGAGCCACAUCAGCCUUCUUCAGACAAAGUCAGUCGUCUUCUUGUUUCUAUCUCAGGAAUCUUCUUCAUGAUUUCUUUGGUGAUCACUGCAGUGUUUGCAGUUGUGGUGUAUCGCCUGGUUGUCAUGGAACAGUUUGCAUCAUUCAAGUGGCAUUUCGUCAAGCAACACUGGCAGUUUGCAACAUCUGGUGCUGCUGUCUGUAUCAAUUUUGUAAUCAUCAUGGCCCUGAAUGUGGCUUAUGAGAAAAUUGCUUACCUUCUCACUAAUUUAGAAUACCCUCGGACAGAAUCUGAAUGGGAGAACAGUUUUGCCCUGAAGAUGUUCCUCUUCCAGUUUGUCAAUUUAAACAGUUCUAUCUUCUAUAUCGCCUUCUUUUUGGGGAGAUUUGUAGGCCACCCAGGAAAUUACAAUAAACUUUUUAACCGAUGGAGACUGGAGGAAUGUCACCCCAGCGGCUGUCUGAUAGACCUCUGCCUCCAGAUGGGAGUGAUCAUGUUUCUGAAGCAAAUAUGGAACAACUUCAUGGAGCUGGGAUACCCGUUGAUCCAGAACUGGUGGUCACGACAUAAAAUCAAGCGGGGAAUACAAGAUGCGUCUAUACCGCAGUGGGAAAAUGAUUGGAAUCUGCAGCCCAUGAAUAUUCACGGACUGAUGGAUGAAUACUUAGAAAUGGUUUUGCAGUUUGGGUUCACCACCAUAUUUGUAGCAGCUUUUCCUCUGGCCCCUCUUUUGGCUUUGUUAAACAAUAUCAUUGAGAUCAGGCUGGAUGCAUACAAAUUUGUCACCCAGUGGCGGAGACCUCUGCCAGCUCGAGCAACUGACAUAGGUAUCUGGUAUGGAAUUCUUGAAGGAAUUGGUAUAUUGGCUGUGAUCACCAAUGCGUUCGUAAUUGCUAUUACAUCUGAUUACAUCCCGCGUUUUGUCUACGAAUACAAAUAUGGCCCCUGUGCAAGUCAUUUUGAAUAUGGUGAAAAUUGUUUAAAGGGAUAUGUCAACAAUAGCCUAUCCUUCUUUGAUCUGAGUGAGCUUGGAUUGGGAAAAUCUGGUUAUUGCAGAUACCGAGACUACAGAGGGCCCCCUUGGAGUUCCAAACCCUACGAGUUCACCUUACAAUACUGGCAUAUUCUUGCUGCUCGACUGGCCUUCAUUAUUGUGUUCGAGCACCUUGUUUUUGGGAUCAAGUCAUUCAUCGCGUACCUGAUUCCAGAUGUACCAAAGAAUCUUUAUGACCGAAUACGACGGGAGAAGUACUUAGUCCAAGAAAUGAUGUAUGAGGCUGAGCUAGAGCAUUUGCAACAACAGCGGAGAAAAAGUGGUCAUCCUGUUCACCAUGAAUGGCCUUAGCCGAUACCUGUUGCCCAGUAGGGGCAACAGCAUUAGGGAGAAUGAUAGCAAUUCACAGUUUGGUGGCAUCUAGGAGAAAAGCAUUCCUGGCAAACCAUAUGUAUAAUAUGCAUCACAGCCAUCUCUUGGAUUCAGAAUAUCCAAGCUUCUAGGGAAAAGGAAAAGAUGACUCAUGACGUUAAAAAAAUAGUAAGGUUGACACUGCAGGAAGCCAGGGUCUAAUUCUCAGAAGAAGCCUCAGGGAGUUGUGUGUGUGUGGAGACCUCCACCUUCCAUCAACGGAAGCAUAACAGGAAGGGUGAUGGUGAGGUUUCUAGAGGUAGAUCUAGAUGUUCACAAGCCAGGUAUGACUUAAAGGAUUGUGUUCUUUACUCACACACUAAUCUGACUUUGGAACCUUAGGUUGACUUGGGAUAUUCCUAAGAAAUGACUGAAAUCAGUUAUUGCCUUUGCUGCCCGAAAUCCAUGUCCCUUCAGCUUACAGGUUCAUAAGAAUUUCCCUUGUCUUUUGCUGAGAUUAUGGAUCUGUGCCACUGGGGAUCUAUGCUGCUCUACAUUGACUAUGCAGUUAAGGAGUUGCACGGCAACUUUAGUUGUCAAACCAAAAAUCUGAGAUUCUGAAAAGAAUUUGACCAUUCAUUGAAAUAACACUCUAUUCAAAUUUGUUGUAUCACUGGCAGAACCAGUUGC